CGCUGUAAAUUUGUUUCAGGAGGCACUGGCAACUGUGGAGUCUAAUAUUCAGGUGCCAUUCACAGCACCUGCUUUUAAUGCAGCAGCGAUCGCAAUGGCUUCAACCUCUGCCUUUCCUCAGCAUUCAAGCAGCAAAUCAAGCCCCUUGGAAAAUGAAGAAAGAAAAUGGAUGAUGCAUUACGUAGCCCCAAGCGACGUUGAUGUUAAGAAGGAAAUGUCACCUUACUCCCUGCUCACUGUAAGAAUCAUAAAGUUGAAAAAUGCUCAUCAGGCAGAUUUUUUAAGCCAAUCUGAUUGCUACGUGAGCCUCUGGUUGCCAACUGCUUCAGAUGAAAAAUUUCACACCAAAACCAUCAAAGACUGCAGAAAUCCUGUGUGGAAUGAAACUUUCUACUUCCGGAUACAGAGAAAAGUCAAGAAUAUUCUGGAAAUUACUGUUUCUGAUGAUGACAUCAUUCAUGAUCAUGACCACGCGAUAGUGCUUUUUGAUGUAGCUAAAAUCCCCCUUGGGGAAAGAGUGUUUAUGGCAUUCCCACUAAAUCCACAGAGGAGGGAGGAGCUGGAAGUUGAGUUUGUAUUGGAGAGCAUCUGGGGUCCUCCUGAAACCAUCAUCACAAAUGGGGCAAUAGUGUGUCGUGAAGUAGCCUGCUUGGAAGUUCACUUGGACAGCAGGAUGAAGAAGAAGCAUUUUUCAGAGAAUGAGCUAACAUUUACAGUGAGAGGAUCCUUUGAAGAAACCCAGAGAGUUUCAGUUGGCUGUGACUCCGGCUCCCCAGUCCCAGAUCCCACUUUCUUCCACUAUGCCAAAUACAAGCAACCUUCCCUGGAUGUUUCACUCACAAAGAAGAGGAAGCUUCCCACCUUUUGUGCUUGCGUGUCAUGCGGAGCAAGAAGGAGAAGCGUCCCCCUGACUCUCCCUCUCAAGUUGCUCCCCUCUGAGCGGGAAGUAGUAGGUGAGCACAGAAAAUUUGAUUUGCGUUUUAAGGUGAAAAAAUGCCAGGACGACCUAGACAUACGCCUGGGCUUUGACCUGUGUGCCCAGGAACAGGAUUUCAUUCACAAGAGGAAGAAGGUGGUUGCAGCCGCUCUGAAGGACAUUCUCCAGCUGGAGGAGGACUUGCAGGAUGAUGAGGUACCUGUGGUGGCAAUCAUGACAACAGGUGGUGGAACCAGAGCUCUGACAGCCAUGUAUGCUCACCUUCUCAGCGUGCAGGAGCUGAAUGUCUUGGACUGUGUCUCGUAUAUCACUGGUUUAUCCGGCACAACAUGGACCAUGUCAAACUUGUAUGAAGAUCCUGACUGGUCCCAAAAGGAUCUUAAGGAAACACUCAAAGAUGCCCGAAAGCAUGUGCUCAAAAAUAAGUUCUUUACUUGUUUUGCCCCCGAUCGCCUGAAAUACUACUUGAAAGAGUUGUGCCAGAGGAAACAGGAAGGACAUCAAAUAUGUUUCACGGAUCUAUGGGGACUCAUCAUUGAAACCAUGUUACAUGAAAAGGAGGAGUCCCAUAAACUCACAGAUCAGCAGCAGGCACUAAACCAGGGUCAAAAUCCCAUGCCCAUCUACCUCUCUCUCAAUGUGAAGGAUAAAAUCAGCGACCAGGAUUUUAGAGAAUGGGUGGAAUUCACCCCUUACGAGGUAGGAUUCCUGAAAUACGGGGCCUUCAUUCGUGCAGAAGAUUUUGGUAGUGAGUUCUUCAUGGGUCGCCUGAUGAAGAAAAUCCCAGAAUCCAGAAUCUGCUUUUUGGAAGGGAUCUGGAGCAGUGUAUUUUCCUUGAAUCUUAUGGAUGCUUGGUAUAUAUCUGUUCAUUCAGAAGACUUCUGGCACAAAUGGACCCGAGACAAAAUUACUGACAUAGAUGACGAAACCCUAUUCCCUACAAGACCAAAUGAGCUGGAUACUCGAGUGGUUUGUCCCACCGACAGCUUUUCAGACAUUUUCCGAGAUGUCGCCACGUUACGUCCAGCAGCUUCAGAAAUCCAUAACUUCUUGAAGGGCUUCCAGAUGAACAACAACUACCUAGAGAGCGAGUUUUCCAAAUGGAAAGACUGUGAGCUUGACUCUCAGCCCAACCACCUGACAGCAGGAACAGACUACCUCAUCCUGAUAGAUACUGCAUUUGCCUUUGCUACCAGUUACCCACCCCUUAUGAGACUGGAAAGGAAAGUGGAUGUCAUUUUGCAUUUCAACUACAGUUCAGGUUCCCAGACAGGGCCUCUGAAAGAAGCCUCUAAAUACUUUGCAAAACAGGGAAUUCCUUUCCCUACAAAGGUGCCAGAUGAUCAGGAAACCCCACAUGUGAAGGAAUGCUACAUUGUUGGUGACAAGGAGAGCCCAGAAACACCUAUUGUGAUAUUUUUCCCUCUAGUAAAUGACACAUUCAGGGACUACAAAGCACCUGGUGUGAAACGUAGUCCCUCAGAGCUGGCAGAGGGUGAUGUUGAUGUUGCCAAUACCUGUGGUCCAUAUUACAUAAACAAUCUGAGUUACUCAGAGGAAGAUUUUGACAAACUGGUGAACCUAAGUUACUACAACGUCCAGAACAACAAAGAUUUGAUUCUUCAGGCCUUGCGCACCGCCGUGGAGCGGAAAAAGCAGCAUAAGAAAGAGCAACCACUGCAAAAACCUCCUGAUGGGGAUGGUAUGCGUGUGCCUGAUAGAGAGGGAACCCAGCAUUUGGCUGACUGCCCAGCACUAAGGAAUAUGAAAUAAAAUAGCUCUGAGUCCUGUUAACGAAGAAGAAAAGGAAUUUGAUUACGAAGUGAAGAAAAGCCAAAGAAUGCUAAGAAUAGCACUUCAUUUGUCAUCGAAAAUGCUAAAGCCUGUCUGUCAGUGAAGGGAAUAAACACAAAAACCCAGAGCUCUUCCUUAAUGAAUUAAUGUGCUUCCCUCGUUGGCAACCUCAGGAGCGUGGCUAGGUGAGGCUGUGCUCUGCUCGUGCUUGCAGAAGUGACCUUUCAAGGCAAGGCCAAAAUGCAUGGACAAGAAAGUGUGAGGAAGUUUACAUUGACCAUGUUUGUGCUCUACCUGUGCUAUAAAAAGAGAGGAUUGUCAGUCCAGAAACGCAGCAGAGAACAAAAUCCAUUGUCUCUAAAACAAAACCAAGAAUGCCAUUUGUGAACUAAGGAGUCUUUAUGUGAAUGUAAAUAAGUAUUAGACUUUAUAUAAUAAAACACUUUUUUGGAGUCAGUUACAGCAAAUAAACGUUUUUCACAGCAAAUACAUGUUAAAGCCAUUUCUUUUAGGUGCUUCUUUCUCUACUAGCCAGACAAUUAAAGACAACAUGCUGACUUAUUUCAUAGCUGCUGAAAAAUUAUUGAAGAAGAAAUUAUACCAGCUCCAGACCCAGAUGUGAACUGCCCCAGGAUCCUGGAACCCCUUGAGUUUAGGGUUACAUUUAAGACCCAUCUCUACAAGAACUGACUCCUGAUAAUUUAUUUUAUUAAAAUGGAUUUAAGUGUUAUUGAUAGAUACCAAAGGUUUAAAGCUUCAAACUUUUUGAGACUAUUACAUCUGAAAAGACACCAGAAACGCAGACAAAGCAGAUCUAAAAUUGUAUAUGUAAUAUCACUCACCCAAAUGCGAUUUUUUAACUUGCCAUAGAGUAUUG